CUUACCUUCGUGCUGUCUUAAUAGUGUGUUGUUAAAUGUAUUGAAUGGCUUUCGGCCAUCAUUCUUCUGCAUCCUCUGUAAACCUGUGGCUUGAUGGGGUAGAGUUCAAAUUGUCAGAAUUUUAUAGUGUGAAAAGUGUUUCACUUCCUCAGAAUUUUGAUUUAAAAGAUGCAGAUGUUCUGUUGAGUGAGUUUGAGUAUGACUUCUCCAAUGAAAAAAUCCUUAUAAGAAAUAUUCAAGCUAAAGAACAUGAUGAUAAAAAAAGACACUUACAUGCAAAAGAAAGAAAGAAUGCUGAAAGGGAAAAACACAAACAACAAUUAGCAGAAAAACACAAAGAGUUUUUGGAGAUGCAGAAGCAAAAAACUGAAGCUGAAAGCAAGCUCCCAUCUAUGCUAAUCGAAUCAAAAAGAAAAGUUAACGUAUCGCCAAAUAAUCUAUUCUACAAUGACAUGAUUGGAAGUCUUAUUUUAACACCAGAACCCGCAAAACCAAUCAAUGGAGACACACCCAAACAGUUGCAAUCAGUGAAAUCUGAUGUUGAUGUACAAGACUUUGAAACCGAGAAUCCUGAUCCUUUUUCCAAUGCUGAGUUGCAAACGAUUGAUGAUCGCAAAGAACUUGAAGAUGUGCUGCAAAAUAUUACAUUAGGUGACAAUGAGAGAUCAUAUGCAACAUCGAAAUUGAACGAUCAUGCGAAACAACCAAAUCAUGAUAUUCUCGAUGAAUUUACUGAUCUUUUGACUAGUGAUAUAAAAGACACCGAAGAAUCUGUUGUUGAUCAACAAAAACAUCACAGUUCCACCAAUUCGAUAAACUUUGGCAAGCAAUCUUCGAGCGGGUGUACCAUGGUUAGCAUGUCUAAUACGACAACCCCGACCUCGAACCACUCAAAUUUCACUGCAGAUUGUACCGUUAGUUCAACGAGGACAUCCACUCAUUCUGAUGAAGCUACUAUUAACACUGCACAUGAAAAUGAUUAUGUAAAUUUACCUUGCACAGCCAUAAAUAGACCAUCAGUCCCGCCACGUCCUACCCCAAGAAGGAAAUAUUUGCUUGAAGACACUGAACCGGUUACAACUGCCAAAGAAAGAGAGAGAUUUGAGAAAACUAUUAACAAAGCCUUAACCAGCUUACCCAAAUUACCCAAAUCUCUUCCCAAUGAAAAAGAAAAAACGGAAACACCUGGAUUUCGAGAUGGAUUAACUAAGCAAGAAAACAAUUUCGCUCUUCAUGUUGUUUCUAUGGGGUUUAAUGAAUAUAAUGUAUUGCAAGGAAUGCAGAAGUUUGGACUUAACAUAAAAGCGGUUGUUGAGCAUCUUUGUGCUGUACAGAGAUUAUCGGAGGGAGACUACAGUUUGAAUGACAUUGAAGAUGCACUUGAAGUAUUCAAUGGAAACGAAAAAGAGGCUGAAGAGUAUCUCCAAUUGCAACGAAAAUUUCAUGAUAUGGGUUUCACAGAUGAUAAAAUAAAACAGGCUUUACUAUUGCAUAACGGCAAUGAGACGAAUGCUCUAGAAGCAUUAGUAUCUGGAUUGUAAAGUAACAAAUAUUUGCAAUUUAAAUUGAACGAUGUACUUGCAACACCAAUAAGGUAUAUCUAAUGAUUGGUACUUUCAUUUUUUAUUCGUAAUAUGUUUAUAUUAACAUAACACAGCCACUCCUAUGAAUUUUGUAUACUGCUUUAUUUAUCAUUUCAGUUUUUGAUUGAAAUAAUGAAUAAGAUUAGCUAUAAUAAAUCAUUGAAAUACACCUGCAAUGUAUAAAAGUUUUUUUUUUGCUUUUUGUAGUUGUGAAUAAAUAAUAGAUUCUGGUUUUUACACUGAUGCAACUGUUAAUAUACCCUCAUUCUUUACUUCCUUACGAUUUAUUACUCUUGCUUUUAAAAUCUUUCUAGCUACUUAACAUGUAUUAUUAUUGUUAUGGUUUAUCAAGAAUAAAAAAACGGUGCACCUGGCACUUUCUUUGUUAGCAGUUUAUGAAAGGCCCAACUGAAAUCCUCUGUUCAUGCAUGGCGCCCUCUAUAAUAUCCUUUUUUUGACUUUGUUACUUUGUGUUUUUUCUGAUAUCUUAGUAUUGAUCUCAUUAAAAGGGCUAUUUCUUGCUUUAUGAAAAAAAA